AUGAACACUUGCUCAACUCUUCUUCGCACAUCGCUCUCUUCUUUCAAAUGCAGCCUUUGCUCCACUCAACCCACUCUUACUGUGCUUCCACCCGCCUUUUUCCUCACUUCAGGAUUAAGGGUUGCUUCCAGAUGUUACGCUUCAGCUCAAGAAGCUGCGUCAAUCGAACCCAUUCACAUAAAUGACCAACCCUUAUCCCCAAAUCCCAUCAUUGAACCCCCUGAAGACCAACCCAAUGACACCGUCGAGCACCUCCUCACGCACGCCGAUGACGUGGCUAGGUUGAUGAAGAUGGAGCGCAAGACCGUUCACGAUGAUGCGUCUCGGUGGUUCCCAUAUAUUGACAGGUUCAAAUGCCACAACACUUUUGUCACGAGUGGUGAGAUUUUAGAGGCGGUAGGUCCGUGCAUCUCCGAUGUCAGGAAGGAGAGGUUCAGGAAUGUGGUCCGCAACCGGAGCUAUUCUGUGUGUUUGGUUGUCGAAGGGCUCAGUGACUUUGGGAAUGUCUCUGCUGCAUUUCGCUCUGCUGAUGCACUUGGGUUCCAGUCCGUUCAUGUGGUCUCUUGUGACAGCUCCAAAAGGUGUACAGACAAUUGA